GUGUGUUGUGCGUGCGUCAGGGCGGGGCGUUGCGUAUGCACUGUGGCCUCGGCCGCGUAAAUCUCACCAUCGGGGCUCUGGCUUUACGCUGCACGGGUGAGGCUGUCACUUAACACAGCGGAGAUUCUUCUCUGUCUACAUCUAUCAGCGGCUUUAUCUUCAUUCAUUCACCUGGAUUGUUUCGACCAUACGGCGGCGUUGGUCAUUGAAUUGCGGGGCGUCGGUUCUCCAAAAGCGCAUCCAGAACAUUUACGCACGGAUCUCCAACCAUCAGCGCCGAGAUGUCCGGAUACCAGGGCAAGAAAAACAUCCCUCGCAUCACCAGUGAUCGGCUUCUCAUUAAAGGAGCAAAGAUAGUGAAUGAUGAUCAGUCGUUUCAUGCGGACAUCUACAUGGAGGAUGGAGUCAUCAAGCAAAUUGGUGAGAACCUAAUUGUUCCCGGUGGCGUGAAGACCAUCGAAGCCCAUGGCAGGAUGCUGAUGCCGGGUGGCAUUGAUGUUCACACCCGUUUCCAGAUGCCCGAUCGGGGCAUGACAGCAGCUGACGAUUUCUAUCAGGGCACACGAGCAGCUCUCGCUGGUGGCACCACCAUGAUCAUUGAUCACGUGAUCCCCGAGCCCGGCGUGAGUCUGAUCGCUGCUUUUAACCAAUGGAGGGAGUGGGCCGAUCAUAAAUCCUGCUGUGAUUAUUCUCUUCAUGUGGACAUCACAGAGUGGCACAAAGGCAUGCAGGAGGAGAUUGAAGCGCUGGUAAAGGAUCACGGUGUCAACUCUUUUUUGGUUUACUUGGCUUACAAAGAUAUUUUCCAGCUAAGCGACGCCCAGAUGUAUGAGGUCUUCAGCGUAAUCCGGGAUUUGGGAGCAAUCGCCCAGGUGCAUGCUGAGAACGGUGACAUCAUCGCUGAAGAGCAGAAGAGGGUUUUGGGAUUGGGUAUCACUGGUCCAGAGGGACACGUUUUGAGCCGUCCAGAAGAGGUGGAGGCUGAGGCGGUCAACCGGUCCAUAACUGUAGCCAAUCAGACCAACUGUCCCCUCUACAUCACCAAAGUAAUGAGCAAGAACGCUGCUGAUGUCAUCGCCCAGGCCAGGAAAAAAGGUGCCGUCGUGUACGGGGAACCCAUCACAGCGAGCCUGGGGACGGACGGCACUCACUACUGGAGCAAGAACUGGGCCAAGGCUGCAGCCUACGUCACUUCUCCUCCUCUCAGCCCUGACCCCACCACCCCCGACUAUCUCAACUCCCUGCUGGCCUGUGGUGAUCUGCAGGUGACCGGCAGUGGCCAUUGCACCUUCAACACAUCCCAGAGAGCCGUUGGCAAAGAUAACUUUACUCUCAUUCCUGAAGGAACAAACGGCACUGAAGAGAGGAUGUCAAUCAUCUGGGACAAAUGUGUGGUGACAGGUAAGAUGGAUGAAAAUCAGUUUGUGGCCGUGACAAGCACCAACGCUGCCAAGAUCUUUAACCUGUACCCACGCAAGGGUCGCAUUGCCGUGGGCUCCGAUGCUGACCUGGUCCUAUGGGACCCAGACUCCUCCAAGAUCAUCUCUGCUAAGAGCCACCAUGUGGCAGUGGAGUAUAAUAUCUUUGAAGGGUUAGAAGUGCGUGGAGCUCCUCUGGUCGUCAUCAGCCAAGGGAAGAUCGUAUUAGAGGACGGAAACCUUCAUACAACCGAGGGUAUUGGACGAUACAUCACCCGAAAACCAUUUCCCGAUUACGUCUAUAAGAGGAUAAAGGCCCGCAGCAGGCUUGCCGAGCUGCGCGGAGUUCCACGUGGUCAGUAUGACGGUCCAGUCUGUGAGGUCACUGUAACACCCAAGGUCAUGACCCCUGUCAUAUCUGGUAAGACUUCUCCAGUCAAAUCUGCUCCUCAGCCAGUUCGCAACCUGCACCAGUCUGGUUUCAGUCUGUCUGGGGCUCAAAUUGAUGACAACGUCCCUCGUCGACCCACUCAACGCAUCGUGGCACCCCCUGGUGGCAGGGCAAAUAUUACCAGCCUGGGCUAAAGUCAUUUACUCAAUAGAAAGGAUGGGGGGGUUAAAAAAACAUAGGCUUUUUUGGGACCAAUCCAACCAUGUGGGGUCCUAUCAAGCACACAUACAUUUUUCUCCUUACAUUACUGUAUCCCCAUUCUUUAACUCAAGGGUCCUGUUAUUUAAAUGUGACUUAGCUGAAUGUGUUUCAGGAUAACAUUCGGAAUCUCAGCUGGAAAAAUUGGGCUAUAUAUUACAAACAUUUUAUCAGUAUACUGAGAAAAAAUACAGAAUUAAAAAAUACAGUUAAAUUACAGCGUCACUACUGUAAAAACUACAGUAACGGGCUGGCAACCCUGCUGCAAGUAUUUUACUGUAAAAUUUACAGGUAAUUUUUUACAGUGUGUUUCCUGCACUGCUAAUGCAAUGCUCUACCCGUUAAGUUAUAUCUACAUAAACGCUCAGCUGCAAAACCCUCUAAAUGCAUCUGAAAGUGUUGUCUUAUAAAUGAGCAUUUUUAUCAAACUCUUAAUGUAUUUCUGAAUGGACUGAGGCCAGGAUUAAGCAGAUUUGAAGUGAAAGUAUUUGAUAAACAGAUAUAAACCGUGCCGAGAGCUAAGUUUGCUAUGUUUAAACAACUGGAGCCCAUAUAAUCCAUCAUCUGCCUCUAUGUUAAGUUACAUUUUGACAUUUUUAUUUCUUUUUUAAUUUGUUAACGUUUUGAAUGGCACAAAACUACCACAUGUCGUUUAGUAUUACAAUGUGCUGUUGCAAUAUUUGUUUAUUUUCCUUGUAGGAAGAGUCAUUUAUCAUUUUAAAACUAGGUUGCAAACCACGUUUUUGUCUCACAUUUUGCAAAGUGUCAACUCUUCCACAAAAGCCUGAUUUAUUAAAGGUUUAUAGAAAGUUGUUUUAUAACGUACACUUUUUUUAAAGUUAUGAUUUCAGGUCAGCUGUAAACACUUCCUUAACGUUUGUCUUCCUCACAUUUUGCACUUCUUUGGUUUCUUUGUAUUUUAUUAUUAGUGAUAGCAAAAAAGUGAAAAAACUAACAGUUGUGUAUUGGCCGUUGUCCGCAGUGCUGUGAGGUUUUGCUGUGAUUUAUAUUCACGCAUUUUUAUGUUGUAAAACUGUCCAUUCCUUUUUGUCCCACAGGGGCAUCACCCCAUAAAGAAAACAAUACAGUUCGUGUAUAAAGGAAACUCAGACUACUCUUUAAGCCUUUUCAUUAGCCCUCUGUUGUAUUAACCAAUCCGUUUCUCACAGUCUAGUUACCAUAGUAACAGGUCCCCAUCACUUGGCUUGGCUGUUGAUUGGAUACGACAGCUGUGUGGUGUUGGAGUAUUGCCCCGGGUAACCUCCUCACAUCAGGUGUUUUAUACAUGCUGUGGAUCUGGGCACAGAUUUAUACAUUUACCUUGUGACAUCACAAAAGUUCACAUGGCCUUCACCGCCACACCAUGGGGCAGCUACUCACCUCCACCUAAAACUGACUUUGACCUUUACCACAAGGACAUUUUUCAGGUUGCAAUGUCUGAAAUGGAUUGUCUGGCAUGUGUAGGGUUGAUCUUGUGGAAAUUCAGUGUUACUUUGAAUUAAACGUUAGGUGAGAUUGUUUUACUUUUUGCAGUUGUGCUUUGUUUUUAUAACUCGACUUGCCUGCCUAUUCACCAUGUGAUACAGUUCUCAGUGUCUGUGAGUAUUGUUAUGACAAGUUAAACAUUUCCCAUGGAAGAUAUGUAAAGAAUUUAUUGUUCAUGUCUUUGAUUGUUACAAUAAAUUGCAGUUGUGAACAAAA